AUGGCUAUUCAGAUAUUUGACAAGCCCGCGUUUACUAUUAUUCGAGGAUCGCAAGUCGUCGAUGAAGUUGAAGAUCCGCUGUUUCUUGCACUACUAUUUGCAGCACUGUAUGAUUAUGUUACUUUGACAGUAGGAUCGCUUCCCGAAGAAGUUGAUCUCGUCUGGUGUCGAUACAUGGGGCUCGCAUACCUUAUGAUCCCCGUCGCUGUGUCUGGAGUGAAAAAGUAUGAUGUGCUUGUGGACUUGAAUAGCGCAUUAUUGGAGCACCGAAAGUACGUGCCAAUUACGUUCCUCAAAGGCAAUCUUCUGACACACCCUCAAGAGAUCAGAGAUGCCAUGUUUACACUCCAACGAGCGGGGCUAGUCUCAUUUCUGCCCGCUAUCCAAGGUGUAAUAUUGCUUAGAGUCUGUGCUAUACAUGGCAGGAAAAGGCACAUCAAGUGGAUUCUCAGCUCACUCUUUUUGAUCGAAAUUUCCCUGGCCUUCUACGGCGUAUUUGGUCAGGGAUCGAGCGUAACGAGCAAAGUUCUGCUUAUAAACACUCCUAUCCUGGCCUUCGAGUGCCUCUUACUGACAUUGUUGCUACACGGGCUAACUUUUUUGCGGACGACACUGCGUCACAUCACGAGGCUACAAGGAUGGAAGUCACUGGUAACUGUCGUCUUACGCGAUGGCGUUUUCUACUUUUUAAUCAUGCUAGUGCUGGUCGUAGUCCAAACUGUGUCGCUGUGGUAUUUUGGUGACUUCGAGCAGGUGCUUGUUGUCCUUGGAAUUUUCUUGGAGGGUGUAUUGGGACCUCGGCUCGCAGCAAGUCUGACAGAGGCCCUAUCGGAGAGACACACGGUUUAUCUUGUCCCGUACUAGUCUAUGGUCUACCAUUUAGAGGGUUCGUACACCAAAUUAUACUGCCCAG